CAGAGGAUUUAGCAGCUUCAGAGCAGAGAGGGUUCCAAUGUUGUUUUAAUUAUUAGAAAUCAAUUUAAAAGUUUUACCGUGAAAUAUUUCACAAAUUACCAAUAAAAAAUGGAUGAUAUAGAUUUAUACGAAGACCUGGAUGAAUUCCAAGAACAACAAGAACGGAAAUCCAAAGAAUUAAAAGAAGCUGAGGCAAAAUACCAAGAAGCUUUGCAAACUAUACACCAGUUGGAGGAUGAGAACAAGAGUUUAACAAAGAAACUACAUCGCAUAGAAUUAAGUUUUCAAAGUCUACUAGACACGGCACGCACUGAGAUAAGGCGCAAGGAUGCAGAAAUUGAAAGACUGCGAAAAGAGAAAGACGACAUCUGUUUUAGAAGAAGAGUUCCUACACAUUCAAAGAAUGUGGAACAAAAUCAAAGAAGUUCAGCGUCUGAACGAAGAGAUGAACAGCGUUGGCCAAAAUGUGAUGCAGAAAAGAAUCCUGCAAGAAAUGAAACUUCGGAUGAUAUUCAAGGAAAUCCUAACAAAAGACGCCUUGAUUCCAGUCCAACAAUUCCCAGUGACAAGAGACGUAAUACAAACGAUGAAUAUCAUCGUAAUACAGGGAAGAUUUCUGCACAAGAUGCAAGCUAUAGUUCUAGAUGUAAGGAUAAAAAAGCUGAAGUAAGUCCAGUUCGCCAAAGUUAUAAAGAAAAAUAUUGGGAACGACGGGAUGAACGGGAUAGAAGAUCACAUCACUCGCCAUCAUCGAAAAGGAGAAAUGAUUGCCGCAAAAGAAGUCCAGAUCACAGGGAGCAUCAGCGUUCACAUCAUAGAGAUUGGGAAACAAAAAAUAAAUCUGAUUAUGAGCGAGAAAAUGAAUACAAACGUUCCCACUCACAUCGCAGUGAUUCCAGAAAGACAGAAAACCACUGUCACAGCAGAUGGAGACUCCAACAGAUCUACAGAACACUUGCAUUCUUCAAAAGUCAAAGAGAUGAAGAAUUUAGGAUCCAGUGAAUUGAGGGGACAUGGAACCCCACCAACAUUAGAAUCCAACAACCGAAUCCCCAGCGAUAAUCAAAGUAGCAUAAAUGAAUCAGACAAUAAACCGGAAAAAGACCUUCGAAAAGAAGAGGAAAAAAGCAAAUGUUUCGUGGCGAAAAACAAUGAAAUAAAUCCCGAAGAAGGACCUCCCAAGGACAAUGUAGCAGGGUCUUCUAACAGGUGUAGAAAUGAUCAAAAAUCUUGUAAAAGUACUC